AGCAAGUCACAGCCAUAUAGAGGAGAUCAUUCACACCCAGGAAAGGGAAUCCAGCAUCAAAGCGAAGCAAGCAAGAGAGAGCGGCGCCGAGCUCUAGCUAGCUAGCUACCAGCUAGUGCCAAGAUUCUCGAUCGAUUGCCGCCGACUGCUACAGAAGCUCGGCUUGACUAGUUAGCUUGUGUUCUCACCUCCGUGCUGCUGGUGCGCGCCGGCGGCGGCAAUGGAGGAGCAGCUGAGCCCGGUGGCCGUGACGCACCUGCUGCAGCACACGCUCCGGAGCCUCUGCACCAGCGACGCCUCGCAGUGGGUGUACGCCGUCUUCUGGCGCAUCCUCCCCAGGAACUACCCUCCCCCAAAAUGGGAUCUCCCAGGUGUGGCCUAUGACAGGAGCAGAGGAAACAGGAGGAACUGGAUCCUGGCAUGGGAGGACGGGUUCUGCAACUUCGCGGCCACCUCUGCUGCCGCCUGCGGCCAGGAGGGAGCAGCUUCUGUGGCGUACGCGGAGUGCGAGGCUGCGGCGGCGGCGCAGCAGGAGCUGAAGCAGAACCUGCAGCCCGAGCUCUUCUUCAAGAUGUCCCACGACAUCUACAACUACGGCGAAGGGCUGAUAGGGAAAGUGGCGGCGGACCACAGCCACAAGUGGGUUUUCAAGGAGCCCCCGGAGCAGGAGACCAACCUCAUCUCCUCCUGGAACAACCCUGCCGACUCCCAACCGAGGACAUGGGAGGCUCAGUUCCAGUCUGGAAUCCAGACCAUCGCCCUGAUCGCUGUCAGGGAAGGCGUCGUGCAGCUCGGCUCCAUGAAAAAGGUGGCGGAGGACCUGAGCUACGUGGUGACGCUGCGGCGCAAGUUCGGGUACCUGGAGAGCAUCCCGGGGGUGCUGCUGCCGCACCCCUCGUCGGCGGGCGUGUUCCCGGACGUCGCCGCCGGGCCGUGGCCGGGCAUGGGCAUGAUGCCGCCCAUGCCGCCGCCGGACAUGUACAUGGACCCCUACGGCGCACCGGUCCCCGGGCCGGCGUCCAUGCACAUCAUGCCGUCCAUGAGCAGCCUCGAGGCGCUGCUCUCCAAGCUGCCGUCCGUCGUGCCGCAGCAACCGCUGCCGCCGCAGCAGCCGGGGUCCAUGGCUGCGUCGGCGGUCGCGGCCAAGGAGGAGGAGCUGGAGGAGGAGGACUACGCGCAGUGCGGACACGGCGGCAUGGACGUGUCGAUGUCGAUGCCCGCAACGAGCAACGGCGGCGAGAGCACGAGCGCGAGCGCCGCUGCCGCCGCGACGGCUGCCAUGUCGUCCUACUUCGUCGACGUGGGCGGGAAGCCCGGCGAGGACGGAUUCUAGCUAGUCAGACCUUCACUGCUCGUCGUCGUCCUUGUCCUCGUGAUGUCCUCGAU